CUUGAUCAACUUUUCAACAAUAUUAAUUUUGGAGGUAAAUUAAAAUGUGCUUUCUCAACAUCUAAAAAUUUAAUUUGAGGGGUCAGGUAUUUAUUUGAGGAGGCGUUGCCCCGUUGCCCCCUCUUGCCCCUGCUUGAAGGACCUUGUUUACAUAGUAAUGGUUGCUAGGAUGUGUGAUUGGACAAUGACCGUUUGGGGGCGGGGCUUUGCGGAAGGUUAGAAAACUCAACACAACUAACGUUAGAAGCACUGUUAGCAAUUUGCAUCCCGUACGUCUACACAACCUGGGUUCAACCAAAAUGAAGAAAAGUCUAGACUCAGAGGAGCCUGAAGCUGCAGCGUGGCCAAACGACGGCAUGCUGCACGGACUGCGACAGGCCCUCCAGGGGUUCAAAAAGAAAAACCAGGAGCUGCUCGCAGAAAAUGUUGCUCUGAAGAAGGGUCUCGCCAACACUGAGCCCUGCUGGGAGCGAGAGAAGAAGAAGCUGCUGGAUGAGAGGGACAGUUUAGUUUCCACUCUUUCCAUGGCCAGAAACGACUUGGGCAGCUUGGCAGAGGAGCUUAAGUCUGUGAGAGCUGAGCACCAGAAAUGUGAGACAGAGCGCGACGAGUUGGACAACAGACUGCAGGAAAGGGAGACUGAAGUGCUAUCCUUGAGAAAAAGUCUGCAUCUCCAGAAGAACGAGACGAAGAUUGUCAAAAGACUCUGGAAGGCGGAACGAGACGAGGCCAGCAACGUGAUGCUCUCCAUUGAAAAGUCGCUCCUUGAGAGCAACGCACAGUGGAAGCAGUGGUGGUUUGUAAGGCAGGAAGAGGUGGCCACUGAGCUUCACACACUGCAGGCGCACUACGAGAAAAAGGUGAGCGACCUCACCAAGGAGAAAUUCGACGCGGUCACCGGCGUCUUAACUCAAGCGCUGGCGCUGCUACAAGACAGCAUGACCAGAUUUGCGAGCAUCAAGACAGAGAUCCAGCAGAGAGAGGCCGAAUGGGAAAACAAAAACAGAACUCUGGAGGAUCGCCUCAGGUAUGAGCUGCUGGCGAAAGAAAACAUCUUCCGGCAAAUAGAGGAGCUGCAGAAACAGAGCAAAGAGCACGAGGCCAAGCUCACCGAGGAGUGGAUGAACAAGGAGAGAGAGAUGAAGGAGGAGAUGAGGCUGCUUCAGGAGCUCGCCUUAAAAACCGACAAAGAAAAGGCAAAAAUGAGAGAGCAGGAAAAGAAAGAGAAGAAGGAGACGGAAAAGAGGAUGAAGAGGGAGGGAGGGAGGAAAGAGAUGAGGGGACUGGCCAGCUUUCUCUUCUCCUAAAACGAUCUCACCAUUUACCCUCAGCCCCUCUCAUUAUCAUCCUUCCUCUCCCUCAACACACAGACCAUCCCCAAUCCCCAAUCACAACCUAAUUAAAUUACCCUCACGCCCGCAAACCGCCACCUUCUUACCCUCC